UGUUUGGGGCAGUUCGGCCCGCAGAAGUCGGUUCGCGAGCUGUCAGCGCGGGCGGGAGCGCCACGGGGCGCAGGGUGGGCGCGGCCGAGCCCCGUCCCCGACCCGGCCCGCGACCCCCGACCUCCCGCGCGUGCCCUGCACCCGGCCGCUAGGCCGGCCGGCCGCGUACCGCGCCCUCUCGCUCGCUCGCUCGCCUGGUUCUCUUCGCUCGCCGGCCGCCCGGCGGGCGGGCGCCGGAGACCCCCACCGGGGGCUGAGGCUUGUCAGGCGGGCGGUGAGGGCCGGGCUGCGGCCACCCUCGCCAUGUCCUCGCCCCACGACGCUAGCGGAGACUUCCCCUUGCACCUCCUGGUCUGGAACAACGACUACCGGCAGCUGGAGAAGGAGCUGCGGGACCAGAACGUGGAGGCCCUGGAUCCUCGAGGUCGUACCUUGUUGCAUCUUGCUGUUUCUUUGGGACAUUUGGAAUCUGCGAGAGUCCUGCUUCGACAUAAAGCAGAUGUGACAAAGGAAAAUCGCGAGGGUUGGACAGUUUUGCACGAGGCUGUGAGCACCGGCGACCCCGAGAUGGUGUACACAGUCCUUCAGCAUCGGGACUUCCACAACACGUCCAUGGCCCUUGAGGGAGUUCCGGAGUUGCUCCAGAAAAUUCUCGAGGCUCCGGAUUUUUACGUGCAGAUGAAAUGGGAAUUCACCAGCUGGGUGCCCUUGGUUUCCCGAAUAUGCCCGAAUGAUGUCUGUCGCAUUUGGAAAAGCGGUGCCAAACUGCGUGUGGAUAUCACGCUGCUGGGCUUUGAGAACAUGAGCUGGAUAAGAGGGAGGCGGAGUUUCAUCUUUAAAGGAGAAGACAAUUGGGCAGAGUUGAUGGAAGUCAACCAUGAUGACAAAGUGGUCACCACUGAACACUUUGACCUUUCCCAGGAAAUGGAACGCCUCACUCUGGACCUGAUGAAACCUAAAAGCAGGGAGGUUGAGAGGCGGCUCACAAGCCCCGUCAUUAACACCAGCCUCGAUACUAAAAACAUUGCUUUUGAAAGAACUAAAUCCGGAUUCUGGGGCUGGAGGACAGAUAAAGCAGAAGUUGUUAAUGGUUACGAAGCAAAGGUUUACACGGUGAACAAUGUAAGUGUGAUCACCAAAAUACGGACAGAACAUCUGACCGAGGAGGAAAAAAAAAGAUACAAAGCCGACAGGAACCCACUGGAAUCGCUGCUUGGGACUGUGGAACACCAGUUUGGUGCUCAAGGGGACCUCACGACAGAGUGCGCCACGGCCCACAACCCCACAGCCAUCACGCCUGAUGAGUACUUCAACGAAGAGUUCGAUCUGAAAGACAGGGACAUCGGAAGGCCAAAGGAGCUGACGAUUAGGACGCAAAAGUUUAAAGCAAUGCUAUGGAUGUGUGAGGAGUUCCCGCUGUCCCUGGUGGAGCAGGUGGUCCCCAUCAUUGACCUGAUGGCCCGCACCAGCGCACAUUUUGCCCGGCUGAGAGACUUCAUCAAACUGGAGUUCCCGCCCGGAUUUCCCAUCAAAAUAGAAAUUCCCUUGUUUCAUGUCUUAAAUGCACGGAUUACAUUUGGAAAUGUUAAUGGCUGUAGCACUGCUGAAGAAACUGUAUCUCAACAUGUGGAAGGGACCCAGCCUGAUUCAGCUUCCCCUCUCACAAACUUCGAGGUUGAUCAGUCUGUGUUUGAAAUCCCUGAGUCUUACCAUGUCCAAGACAAUGGCAGAAAUGUGCAUCUGCAGGAUGAAGAUUACGAGAUAAUGCAGUUUGCCAUCCAGCAGAGCUUACUGGAGUCCAGCCGAAGCCAGGAGCUUUCAGGACCAGCUUCUAAUGGAGGGAUUAGCCAGGCACAUGCCUAUGACGCCCAGUAUGAAAGGGCCAUCCAGGAGAGCCUCCUCAGCAGCUCCGAAGGCCUGGGCUCCGGCACCUCCAGUGAGACCAGCCGCUUUGACAGCGACCUGCAGCUAGCCAUGGAGCUCUCCGCCAAAGAGCUGGAGGAGCGCGAGCUGCGGCUGCGCGAGGAGGAGGCGGAGCUGCAGCAAGUCCUCCAGCUGUCACUCACCGAGAAAUAGGCCCGCCUGCCUCCCGCCCCCCUGUCUGCGCUCCCGGUCGAGGGACUGCGCCUGCGCGGGACUGCACCUUACGCGGGUGCGGCAGAAGGCAGCUGUCUCCUGCUUUCUGCAGAGGUGCAGGGCCGGGGCUUCUCCGGGCCCACCCGCCACGCUCCCCGGUUAACGGGCUGGGGUCCCGCAGCCCCCGCGCUCCAGGCAUCAGGGGAGGAGAGCAUCGUCACUUUCCAUUAGCUCUGUUGGCUUGCAGGUCACGUUUUUUACUUACCAGCUUUAGAUACAAACCCAGUCCCUCCUCCCACUGCCCCUCCCCCCAGGUUUGUAGAUUAAUUUUUAUCGAGGAGUGAUGACGAGUUGUUGCAGAGUCGGGUGCUUUUAUAGAGGAGAGCAGCAGCCUUUGCAGAGCGUGGUGUAUGAGGACCUGGGAGACACUUCUUUACAGUUCACCAAAGAAAUGGAUCACCUGUGCCGAUCUGCUCUUUAAUUUUUACCUUUGUACAGGGUUUCCAGGGCACCUUCACUGUUCCUAAGCCACCCCCACCUUAUUCCACCCCUCCCGCCACAGCUGAAGAGGAGAUAAGUACAGGAUCUAUUUUAGAUUUAGGGUUAACUAUUUGCAUCAAAUUAAGAUACACAGAUGACAACGGAUGUUGCCUUAGCCUUAAAAAUUACUGAUAGUUUCAAACCACCUCCACUUCUUGUCGAGGAGGGGUCUGAUUUGAAUUUGUAAAGGCAGUUCCUUUGAGAGCAGGAUCCUCCAGGCUAAACCCAAGGCAGCUAACCCUGACCCUGAAGGAGCAGCUAGGACAGCCCGAGGCUUGUUCUCGAAGUGGGCAGGCUGGCCAAAGGAUCACCAAAGCAGGGGUGUGUUCCAUGCCUUCUCUGGUGAGAGGUCUCCACCCAGAGGCCUGGGAAGACCCCGCCACGUGCCCUGGGCACACUGGAGAGGAAGGGGUGGGCUUGAAAUGAGCAAGGGAGCUACAGACAGAACUCAGUGGCUCUGUACUCAAAAGGGAAAAUGGUGAACCCACGUUGCUUUUUAGAGUUCAAAUCAACAUCUUUCUGGAUAAAUAUAUUUUUUAACAGAAUCUUUUUAUUAUUUUUAAGAGAUAAAAACGACUACUCCCAUCCGUAGCAAUACAAGGUUAUACAUUUUAACCAGAUUUUCUCAGGCCCUUUUUGGGAUACCUUUAGUAGUUAACUAUUUUGUCUAACCCUCCUGUAAAUAACCAUCGCACAACAUAAGAGGACCCUGGGGAAUGCGGCCGAGGGCACCGUCACUCCAGCCCGGCCCAGGGAUUCAUUCCCACAGGCUGCACUGAAGUCCCCCAGUUAACAGCAUGCUCCUCUGUUCUGCGUCCGUUUCCUACCUGUUGCGCUGCUUUGGGGAUGGGAAGGGAAGCCGAAACCCCCGUUCCAGUAAACGGCCGUGUAUACAGUUAACUGUUGCCAGCAAAACGUGCCCGGUCACAAAGAACUGGGCUUUUGAUUCCAUGUGACCAUUCUGCCUUUCUCAUCAUGGCCUGACCAAAAUUCCUUCUCCACACACGAGGCCAGUAUAUGCAGCAUCACAUGUGUCUCAGACACACAGCCUGGCGUUUUGUUUACUUAGCCUUUACCUCCAGCAAAGAUGAGUUUUGGGAAUGGCUGCAUUUAGGCCAUGUGUUUACUCACCGAGGUGAACAGAGGUAAUUUCUGUGUUUGCAUUCCAUUGUUCUGCUUCCCCACGUCUUUGACUUUCUCCCCAGGAAGUCAGUUAAAAAGGGACUGAGCCUUGUGUCACCAUCACAGCAUUUUCCAUAUAUGUGUUCACUCUCAAAAUACAAAUAAAGACAGCUUCCUUAGAGGGUGCUCGUACACUA